GUGGUGCCCGGCCCGGAAGCGCUCGCGCCGGAGACCCCCGGGUGACCGGGCGGAGGCAUAGACUGCUGCGGGCUCCCACGGUCCCUACCAUGGCCUGGACUAAGUACCAGCUGUUCCUGGCCGGGCUCAUGCUCGUCACCGGUUCCAUCAACACGCUUUCGGCAAAGUGGGCAGACAGAUUCAAGGCCGAGGGCUGUGGAGGAAGCGAGAAGCACAACUUCCAGCACCCCUUCCUGCAGGCAGUGGGCAUGUUCCUGGGAGAGUUCUCUUGCCUGGCUGCCUUCUACCUGCUCCGGUGUAGAGCCUCAAGGCGGUCAGACUCCAGUGUGGACCCCCAGCAGCCUUUCAACCCCCUUCUUUUCUUGCCCCCGGCCCUCUGCGACAUGACCGGGACCAGCAUCAUGUAUGUGGCCCUGAACAUGACCAGUGCCUCCAGCUUCCAGAUGCUCCGAGGUUCAGUGAUCAUAUUCACAGGCCUGUUCUCAGUGGCCUUCCUGGGCCGGAGGCUGGCACCCAGCCAGUGGCUGGGCAUCCUAGCCACCAUCGUGGGGCUGGUGGUCGUGGGCCUGGCCGACCUCCUGAGCAAGCACAGCAGUGAGCACAAGCUCAGUGAAGUGAUCACAGGGGACCUGUUGAUCAUCAUGGCCCAGAUCAUUGUCGCCAUCCAGAUGGUACUGGAAGAGAAGUUUGUCUAUAAACACAACGUGCACCCACUCCGGGCAGUGGGCACAGAGGGCCUCUUCGGCUUCGUGAUCCUGUUGCUGCUCCUGGUGCCUAUGUAUUACAUCCCCGCUGGCUCCUUAAGUGGAAACCCUCAAGGGACCCUGGAGGAUGCCUUGGAUGCCUUCUGUCAGAUUGGCCGGCAGCCACUCAUUGCCCUGGCUCUGUUGGGCAACAUCAGCAGUAUUGCUUUCUUCAACUUUGCGGGCAUCAGUGUCACCAAGGAACUGAGUGCCACUACACGCAUGGUGCUGGACAGCUUGCGCACCGUGGUCAUCUGGGCCGUAAGCCUGGCACUGGGCUGGGAGAACUUCCACCCGCUGCAGAUCCUUGGCUUCCUCAUCCUCCUGAUGGGCACCGCCCUCUACAAUGGGCUGCACUACCCCCUGCUAGCCUGCCUAUCCCGGUGCCGGCACUCUGCGCAGGAGAGCGAGCGAGAGAGACUGCUGGGCAACAGCCGGACUCCCAUCAAUGAGGCCAGCUGAGCUUCCUGGAGGGUCUCUGCUGCUACCCAUUGUUCCCUCUUCACCCUGAAGCCACUCGGGCUGCUGGGCCUUGAAUGUCCUGCCCCCCCCCCAACCUCCUAAGGCAGCUGCCAACAGAGAGGAUGACAUGACACCUGAGUCCUCUUCUCUCCCCACUGCCUAAAGGUGUGAUCCAGUCCCUCCUGCAUCACUAAAGCUAACUCAUGAACUUUAGUGGCAGGAAUUUACAGCAGUAAUAUUUCUGAGUCAUAAACUAGACUAUUGCGAUAGAUUAUCUAGUUUAUGAGUCAUCCAAAAAAGGGAAGUUCAUGAGCAAGUUCAAAGCAGAACUAAGCACCAUAUUUUCUAAAAUGUGGAAAAUACUUAAACAUGUCUGGAGAACUGGUUUUAGCCCAGGCUCUGCUGCAAACUCAGUAAGUGCUCCCCAGCCUGUUAGCUCUGGAAGAUGGAUGUCCGCACAGAAGCCUUUGGUGCCGUCUGGCCCCAGCAUCCCUCAGGUCUCUGCUGUGGACAAUGCAAGAUGAGAGGAAGCGCCCCUGUGUGCUUCCCCUUCCUGUGCCUAUCCUGAUGAUCUCAGUAACUCUCCCCUGCCUCCCUGCCUGGGAAUAGAUCUGAGUGCCAUUCCGGGCAGCCUUUGAUGAUCAUUUUAUGAACUCUAUUUUAAAGAUGGGGAAGUUGGUACUGGCUGGGAACCUGGGGGACCUCAGCCAGGCAGUCAUGUGACUACAGCAGAUGGAACCUAAGGCAUAUCUGGAUCUCAGCUCCAUCCCCAGAAACCUGGAUACCUGGAGAGCCCCAGGAUGACAAGACUUACCAGGAUGGGUAGAGUUAGAGUGAUUCAUUGUGGGCGGGGCCUUUGAGAGUGGGACCCACACGCUGUGUCCCAGGGCCCCUCAGCUCCUUGACACCUGUGUCAUAGGGAGAAAGAAAUAAGCAGUUAGGGUGGUGGAGACAAUGUCGCAGCUGCCUUGUCUUAAAAAAAUGGGGCCUUAGAAUGUUGUUUUAAACUUUUAUUUUUUUAAAAAGGAAUAGAAAACUGGCAGUAUUCAACUUUUUGUGUGGUUGAAGAAAGGGGCACAAGGAGAUUCCUGGGGGUGGCGUCCACAAUGUGGAAAGGUCUAGUAUACCAAAAGCUUAGAAACCCCCUCGUCCUGCGCGCAUCUGUUCAGAUAGAGACAAUAAAGUCCCAAGAAUUGAACUUCCAAGGUCACACUGCU